AUGGCCAAGCUCAACCCCCCGGCUCCCAAUCCAACCGCCAUUCCCCAUGUCUGGAAGUAUGAAGAGAUUAAGCCCUACCUCCUCCGUGCCGGAGAGCUUAUUACUGAGAAACAAGCGGAACGGAGGGUUUUGAUGCUGAUCAAUCCGGCGCGAGAGGCCCCGUAUACCACAGACACGGUCUACGCCGGUCUUCAGCUCGUCAUGCCCAACGAGGUUGCCCCGGCCCACCGCCAUACCGCCUUCGCCAUGCGCUUCAUCAUCGAAGGCAGCGGCGGCUUCACCGCCGUCCACGGCUGUCGGAUCAAGAUGAAACGCGGCGACGUGAUAUUGACACCCACGUGGAACUGGCACGACCACGGCAAGGACGGCUCCGGGCCGAUGAUAUGGCUGGACGGGCUCGACCUCCCAAACUUUAGGCACUUCCCCGUGCACUUUGUGGAGCAUUUUGACCAGCCGAGAUACCCCGCUGUGGAUGUCAACUCGGACGACAGCCCGAUUGUGUUCCCUUGGGUCAACAUGCAGCAGCAGCUAGACUCUGCCGAGGGGAGCUGGGUCACAAAGCCGUAUCUGAAGGCGGAUGGACGCGAAGUAUCGAAGAUUCUAGGCGGGUCUGCCGAGAGACUCAACGCUGGGGCUCGGUCACCGGCCAUUCGUGAAACUGCAUCCUCCGUAUACCACGUUGUCGAGGGCAAGGGUAAGUCCGUUAUCGCUGGGAGGACCUUGGAAUGGAAGAAGGGUGACACUUUCUGCAUCCCUGCAUGGCAUGAAUAUGUUCAUCAUGCGUACGAGGGCGAGACGGUAUAUCUGUACCGCUUUGAUGAUAAGCCUAUGCUGAGGUCAUUGGGCUUUCUAAGGUCAGAGGGAGUGGAUGUUGAGUCUCUGGUGUCUGACUAG